AAAAACAAAAAAGUAUGUAACAGAGCUUUUCGAGUCGCUCUCCGUGAAUAAGAGCUUAAAAGUCGAAUUCUCCGACUUGAAGGUCGACGCCCGGAGCGACGGGCAGAAAGACCUCUAUGGAAAAAUCGCCCUGAAGUACACAGACAAAGACAGCGUGAUAGAGCAGGGCUUAUGCCUUGCCUUUAAGCCUGGACAUCUUACAGUUACUUUGUGCCCGUGCGCCUUUCUUUCUUCUGCGAGUGGUAAAGAAGAGGCCUUCUUUGCGGUGGACAGCUGUUCAGAGCCCAAGACCUUUGCCGAGUGUCUGCUUGCCAAGUACGCAGACGCGUGGAGGGCCAGGGGCCUGGGCCCGCAAGGGAAAAUGCUUGCUCAAGGCAUACGGGAGGCCACAGGCCGCCUGGCGGAAGAUGCAGCCCCAGAGCACCUAAACGAGCUUUUGGUGCUGGGGCUGGCUUUAAAGCAGGACCCUGUAUUCGCAAUCACUAAGGACUUCAUCUUCCAUGCAGCAGCAAAAGGCACAGAGCUCACCCAGGAGCACCCGGGCGUGCGCCUUCUCUCGAACCUACUCGGCAGCCUUCCGCUGGACGACUAUGCAACGCAAUGCAAUUCGCUGGGGGAUAUAGUAUGCCUGGAUGUGCUGGGCAAGCUAUUUCCAAAAAUUGGCCUGGCAAAGAACACAUUUGUUAUAUUCUAUAGACACCCAUACAGCAUCCUCAACAUAUGUGAGCACACCGGAACCAACUGUGCGCCCGCAGGGAACGCCAUCAUGAAAUACUUUAGAGAGUACAAAGAUAAAGCAGGCAAGCCUCUUUUCUGGUGCGAACUACUAACAGAGAAUUUCAACAUCAAUCUUUUGUUCCCUCUUUUGCUUGCAGACAAGUCAACGCGCCACAUAGACGAAAUUGGCACACUCCUUCUCGACGUGGAGGAGGAAGACCGGAAGGACGCACUGGACACCAAGGCGCUCUUCGACCUCUUCGUGUUCCUUGCCAGCUUGAAAUACAAAGAAACCCCGCACGAGCUGGUGCUUGCUCUGGGCAGCAGGCUUAAGCCAAGGUCGAUCCAGGCAUGCAAAAAAGCCAAUUGCAUGAUUCUUGUCAGCAGACAAACAGCCUCUGCAAUGCUGGAGGCGCUGGGCACGCACCAGAGCGCCCUGCUGCAGACGCCCAGCGGAGAAGAGGUGUUAGACGGCGUGCAGCACAUACUCCAGUCCAUCUUAAACAGGAGGGCCUAG